CGAAUUAAUUUCCGUGAGUUCUGCGACGUCAUUUCCGUUGUCCGGACGCCUGUUUUGGUCGUUAUGGCUAACAGGAAAAUCAAAGUUAAAUCGAAAACUAAAAGAAAAGGCAAAGAAAAUGUUAUUUAAUUUAAGGAUUGCCUAAUUAGUAACUUAAGAGUAGUAUUCGGUAUUUUCUUAUCUGAGUGAUACACAAUAAUACGGGUUGUCGAGAUAAAGGGAACCAACAUUAGCUAACUAGCUGCACUAGUUAACAUGUUAAAACGUUAGUCAUUAACUAGAACAUCACAGUGUUUACAUACAGAACGGUUUAAAAUGUGGAAUCGCGGAGGAAUCCGCAGUUCAGCUCUGGAAAGGGCAAAGGCUCAUCUCUCUGGACAGAGAGGAACAUCACGGGAUGGUCAGAGAAAUGUGGUCGGUACCAGCUUUGGAAAAGCCCUUCAACCUAGACAAAUGCCUUUGCAUGGCUUAAGUGACCUCUCUUCAGACAAUGAAAGUGAAAAGCAAGAUUAUGAUGCUCAUCCUACCCAAACAGUGGCACGCAUUGCAGAGCCAAUAGAACAAUUUGGCAUGGGUGGUGGAAGUAGAUUUCUAAAGACGUCAGCCAAAAGAUUGUCAACUCCUCCUGACACAAGUGAAGUCAAAUUCAUCCCUCAGCGUGGCUCACAGAGUGUGGCACUGAGCAGACUCACGCUGAUUGAAGACCGCAUCAGAAAUCGUACGAACAGCAAGCUUGGCAUAGACACGGGUGCAAACUUCAAGUCUAGUCUCUCUGUUCAGUCCAGCAGUGAGCUGCAUGCAGAGGACAGGAGCCAUUUCCAUAACAAGAACGCAUCCACUUCUAAGGUUCAAGAGGAGUCUGAAAGGCCACAGGCAGACAUUUACAUGGCCUCUGCAUGUUCAGGGUCUCAUAUACAAAAAGAAAUUAGCAUGGACAGCGAUGAAGAAGACAUGCGUAGACUUCUUGGAGAAUCCUUUGAUUCAUCAGAUGGAGUCAAAGGCAUGCGACAGACAGAGACAAUACCUCUGUGUGCUGUUAAGACAUACAGGAAAAGUAGUAAAGAGGUUGUCCUGCCUGCUCCAGAGCAUAAAGAAAAGCAGCCUGUUCAAUCUGCAUUGACAGUACAGCAUCAUAAGAGGCGCACUCCAUCGCCACCAUCAUCCCGUAAAGUCACACCCAGCAGACCUUUCUCCCCGAGAGCUGGCCUCACUUCGUCUCUGUCUUCAACAACAGAUCGCAGUGAGAUCAGGUCCCUUGAGGAGCUGUUCCCCAUCACCACUGACCAUGAUGGCACACAGAGUGAGAGAAGUGUGCUCUCUGAUGAUUUCAAGUUAAAUUUGAUGACGCUGGACGAUUUGGCUCCUGAUACCCUUGAUGCAGCUGGAUUAACAAAAACAAAGUCUGACGUGAGCCCACAUGAGCUCUGUGUGUCCCCAGCGGGAGAGAUCCUGAAGAAGCCUGCAGAGGAUCCAGUUUGUUAUGAGAGUGACUUUGAGAGCGAGAUCCAGACAGAGACAGCUCAGAGUGUAGACGACAUCUCUGAGCAUCUCACUGGUGGAAAUGAACAUUCCUUUGCAGCAUCCGAGCAUCAGUUGAAGUCUCUGUCAGCUAAAUCAAACAGUGAUGAUCAUGAUGAUUAUACUCUCUCUAAAAAGGCUUCAAAAUCUGAAAGUGCCUGUUACAGUAGAUCUGAGUCCAGUUUACACCAAAGCAGAGGCUCUGACACUCUGUCCUACUCCAGCGACAUCACACAUAGCACACAAACCAAUCCACAGAGUCUCAAUGUGACACAGCACAAGAAGGAUGCCACAGUGCAGACGCAAGCAGAAGGACUCACUUACGCGUGGUCUUCUGAUCAGGCUGUGCUAGGCCUGUCAGUAGGAAUGUCCUAUGUGGAUCCAACUCCUGUGGCAAGUCACGUGAUCAGUGCUGAAGCUGUGGAAGCGUUAACGGCAUAUAGUCCUGCUGUGUUUGCUCUGAACGACAUGCUGAGGCAGCAGCUCACACUGACCAGGAGCUUUAUACAAUCAAGCAGACAUUUACACCAAUCCAUAUUGGAGUCCCUGGGGCCCGCUGACUACAGAUACACCACACUGGAGGAUACAAAAGAGUUUAUCCGUUGCAACAGGCCUCCCAAGCUGACCAUGGAGGAUGCACUGGAGGAGGUGCUGCAGGAGAUGAAGGACUAUCACUAUAUUUAAAGUGAACUUUUACAAACCUGUAGAUGGAACAAGCAGCAGCUAUCAUUCCUAUACUCACUUCUGUGUAAUGCAAAACAUGUAUUUUUGAAAUAUUUACUUCUGUGAGGUAUGUUUUCUAUGGUGAAAUUUCACCUAUACUAAGGUUAUCCAUCAACAGAUUCUAUAGUUUUGCACCAAGUUAAAUGUGAUUAUGAAAUUGGAACCUAGUUCUACAAUAUCAUCUAUAUUUUUUGGUUGAAAAAACUGGAUUUAAAGGGAAAAGUCAACCCAAGAACACAUUAACUACAUAGGUUUACACAAGUCUUUGUGUUGGUUGAUGCAGUAUUUUUAUGACUCCUGUGAGAUGAUGUGUGCCAUAUUGAUGCAUUAUGUAAAUUUGUGGCUUCUUGUGUAAGCAGGGUGAGGCCUCACAAGCAUUAUAUAGAAUGAAUUGUUUAUUAAGGAAUCAUUGUAGCCAAUAAAACACAAACUUAAUCAA